GCAACCUAUGAAAAAGCAUAAGUCAGAUUUUUAAAACAACAAUAUGAAUUUUUUCAAUCAAUAGUAUCUUUAGCAAAUUUUUUAGCAACGUGCCUCCUAGGUCUGCCCCUGUUGAUACAAACAACAUGCAGAAGACAGGACAUUAUUUUGCUGACUUUCUCUAGGCCUCUGUACAUUAUAGGCAAGUUCAGUUCAGUUCAGUUUUAUUUUAAAUUCCACUGGAUACAUACACUUAUUGCAAAUUAGAAAUAAUCCAAGCUUAAAAGUAUAAACAAUGUUAGAGGAAGUUAACUAAUAUAAAAACAUAACAGAGUAGCAGAGUAUAGAGGAGAAACAGUCUAGUAUUAUUUGAAGGAGGAAACUUUCUCAGUAGUUUAUUAUCUAAUCGAGGAGAAAGCACCCUCUAGUAAAUUAGAUGCGUUCUGUUUAGUUUGCAAGUGGUGAUUCUAGGUAUUUAUCUGGUCCAUAUUUUCUAAAUUCCAAAACUUGUUUGUCUCUUGAAAGCCAAUCACCACUUGUUUGACUUAUGCAAACAUCUUGUAAGCCAAUCAGAGUGUACUUCACCUCUGCAGUCUUUGGUGCGAGCAUAGGUGAUAUUUGAUUUAUCAAAUCAGAAGCUGAGCUUGCCUCUACAGCAGUACAACCAACCAAUAGAAAUAAGAGUUGACCUAUGCAAUUGUUUGUUGCAACCAAUGAAAUGGAAAUUGACACUGUUUCACCCCUGCUAAGCAACUAGCUAAGUUACUCAUCAUUGAAGUGUCUGUUCUGUAGUCCUGUGGUAUGACCACUGCAUACAGAAUAUGGAGUGUGCUUGUUCAAAUACUACCAGGGUCAGGCAGCUCAGAGGGUUUUUCUUUAAAUUGUAGAUAAAUUUUGUCUUCUCUUUGUGAAUCUUUUCCUUAGAAUUCCUUUUUGGAACCCCUAAUUAAUAUCAACUUAAAAAUCUAGUAGAGCUACACCUUGAAUUGAAGUCUGUGUUCUUCUGAAAGAGGGGACAGACAAAUAAGAUUUAAUCUAAAGCACACAUUUCAUAGAAGCUUGAAAAGACAUUGCCCCCUUAAAAGAUAAAAUUUAAAAACCCUGGAAUUGACAAAGUCAGACAAAAAACUUUGCCAAAAUCAACAAAGAAUAAGGUAUCUUAUGUUAUAUUUUUUAUAUUGUAUUAUCUUCUAACCCAUAUUGCUUAUAACCCAGGGAGAUUCAAUGGGGGGCACCAGGGGCAAAUGCAUCUGUUACUUUUAGGAAAAUGCCCCUUUUCCUAGAGUUUUUCUUUUCAGACUUUCAGAAAAGUUGCUUUUUUCAGUGGCAUAGUGCCCUUUCUUACAGGUCCCUUCCAGCUAUGGAAAUGGUUCUGGCAAGAUUUAUUUUUACCAAUUUAGUGCCUAAAAAUUUUUUGAAGUAUUGAAACUCUGGUAAUCACAAUGAUAAUGGCAAUUCAGUUCCACUUUGUAUGUAAAAUUUCACAACAAUUUUCACUCUAUAUGAAUUUUAGCAGCCUUUUGACAGAAAGUUACAAUUAAUUACCUCAAGUGCUAGGGCCAUUCCCUUGAGCGCUGGGGCAAGAAAAGAAAAGACUGUAUUUUUGAUUUAAUACGUAGAAGUCUUUUGUUUUUUAUUGUAUGGAAUAAGUACUCUAAAUCUGGAUUUGCAAUAUUCUUUGGUCUCUAGGGAUUAGUAAAAGUCAUUUUGUUAUGCAAAAGAUUAACUAAUAAUCUUGCCACAAUCAGAUUAAUUUAUUUUCUGUGGGAUUUUCAGCAUAUAGUUUGUUGUGCUUGAUAUCAUGACUACAUAAUUGCUUUGUAAAUUAAAGAAAUUUGCACCUGAACAACUGCUACACUGCAAAAUUAUUGAAAUGGGAGGACUGUUAUCAAAUCAAGCAUUGGCUGAACCAAUUGAGAAAAGUGAAACUGGAAGAGACGAUGCGAAGAAAGGAGCUGACAUGGAAACGCUUGCACAAGGAGAGGAAGUUGAUAUUGAUUUGGAUGACCCUUCGACAGCGGAUGCAGCACUAAAGAUUCAAGCUGUUUUUAGAGGGCAUAAAUCAAGGCAAGUGGAAAAGCAAAAGCAAAAAGAGGACGAGGCAGCGGUGAAAAUACAAGCGGGAUUCAGGGGGCACCAGGUGAGGAAAAGCAUGAAGGAUCUCCAAUCUGGUGAGGAAGGAGAAGAGAAGCAGGCUACGGUCGAAGAUUCAAAGGAAUUUGUAGAGAAAGUUACUGAAAACGAAACAGCUGAAGAAACGAAGGAUUUUGAGGAUCCUAAGUACGGGGAGGCAGCCACUAAAAUACAGGCAGGCUUCAGGGGCUUUAAAACAAGAGAGGAACUGAAAGGAAGAUUGUCCAAAGACAAAUUGGCAGAAGAGCCUGCGGAGCAAGUUGAUGGAGAGGAAAGUGGAGCAGCGAAAGAGGAGGAGGCUGCAGCUGUUAAGAUUCAAGCAAGUUUUAGAGGACAUAAAGCAAGGAAGGAAGUUGAAACGAUGAAGGCAACGCAAAGCGAUGAAAGUGUAGCAAAAGAAGCCGAUAGUUUGCAAGAUGAUGAUCUUGAUGUAAAUGCAAGCGAAGAGGCAGCGACCAAGAUACAGGCUGGCUAUCGGGGAUUCGUAGCAAGGAAACAAGUUGAGGCCUUGAAAGCAUCAAAGACCUCUGAAGAUCAUAUACAAGACGAUGUGGACAUGGAAGCCAAGAAAAGCGAGGAAGCGGCGGUGAAGAUCCAAGCAGGCUAUCGUGGGUAUGUCGCAAGGAAAGAAGUUGAGGCAAUGAAAGAUCCCAAAACCCAAGAAGACUCCGAAGAUAUUGAAAAUGAUAUGGAAGUCAAAAGGAGUGAAGAUGCAGCAGUAAAGAUUCAAGCAGGAUUCCGUGGAUUCGUUGCAAGAAAAGAAGUCGAGGCGAUCAAGGCCUCGAAAAGUCAAGAAGCGUCUGCUGAAAAGACAGAUGAUGAACCUACCAAAGAUGACUCAGAAGCGACAGGUGAAAAGAUAGAGGAAAAUGACGAUGUUGAUCAAGAAAAGGCUGCAGUUAAAAUUCAGGCCUCUUACCGAGGUUACAAAACAAGAGCGAGUCUAAAAUCAGACUCACUUCCAAAACUCUCUGAAAAAGACGAGUCUGUUACCAAGGAUACAAAUGACAAUAUUCAAGAAGAAGAUGGUGAAGCUGAAGCAUAGGACAUUGUAGCAUGUUAAUGUACAUAUCUCCUGUAAAGAACCAUAUGAUAUGUUGUCAUUGCUGUCUGAAGUGAAUUUAGGUCCAACAGCAUACUUGGGGUCAACAUUAAGUACUAAUAAGCAGUAGCAUUUUAUUUUUACCUAAUGCAACACGGUAAGGCUGCGAAUCUUUUAGGAUGCUCCCAGUUAAAGAAUGAAAGCAAAAUUUUUUCUUUUCUAAUGGAGCCGUUUCCCUGUGGAAUUUAGAUUGCUGCCUGCUCUAAGAGGGAGAUGUUAGAUUCAAUCUUGCAGCUAUGGCAAGACGUGUUUUCUUAUAAUGAAGUAAGUCUGCAAUAUAAAUUGAAAGCUCCCAUUGGUAAAUAUGUUUAAAGUUAGUCAAAACAAGGAUGGUCUGUUACUUAAUGAACUGUUAUUACUGUAUUUGAGAUAAAUUACAUGACUUGAUAAGGAAAAUGUUUUCUUGUUUUGGAGAGUUUGUAUUAAGUGUGUAUACUUCGCAACCUCGCUUUGGCUUUUAAAAUAUCUAGUCUCCUCAAUUACAAAACGAUUAGUACGUGUUUUUUGCUUGAAACAUGAAUUAAUUUGAUGUUAUAAUUAUUUUUAAAGUUGUAAAUUCAU